AUGGCGAACGGUUCAAUGGCUCCAUUUCAAGUUUAUCUGCUGAUCAAAGAUAAUCAUCACAAUUGGAGUGUUAGAAUGAAGACUUUGAUUAGCUGCUAUGAUGUUUGGGAGGUCGUAGAGAGAGGAAUUGGCAAACAUGGUGAUGAAGCAAAUUUGACCAAUGCCCAAAGAAAAGCAUUGAAGGAAAUAAGGAAGAAAGACAAGAAGGCACUCACCCUCAUUCAAGCCUUGGAUGAUAGCACAUUUGAGAAGGUUGCAAAUGCAAUAACGGCAAAAAAUGCAUGGGAGAUUUUGCAUAAUUUUUAUAGAGGAGUUGAUAAAGUAAAGAAGGUGCGGCUCCAAACUCUUAGACGAGAGUUUGAAAGCCUACAUCAAAAGGAAUCCGAAUCGAUUUCAGACUAUAUGUCAAGAGUUCAAGCCAAUGUCAACCAAUUGAGAAGAGAUGUUGAAAAAAUUAGUGACGUCACUCAUGUAAUUGAGAAAAUUAUUCGCUCAUUAGAUUCAAAGUUUGAGCAUAUUGUUGUUUUUAUUGAAGAGUCGAAGGACAUGGACACUAUGCCGGUUGAUCAACUCUCUAAAUCAUUGAAAGCUCAUGAGGAAAGAUUGAAGAAGAAAAAUCAAGAACCAUAUGUGGAGAAAGUCAUACAAACGAAGCUAACUUUAAAUGAUGAAGAAAGCUCAAAAAGUGGAACAAGUCGUGGCCGUGGAAAAGGAAUAGGUGGCAGAGGAACAAGAGGUGGAAGAGGAUGA